GGUGUGGAGCCCGCUACCGCCGCCGCCGCCGCCGCCCGCGGGCCGCGCGUCCCCGCCGUCCAGCUCGCCCGCCGUCCGGACGCCAUGGACCUGUUCGGGGACCUGCCCGAGCCUGAGCGCUCGGCCGCCGGCAGAGACGCGCAGAAUGCACCGCUGCUGUUCGACGGCCUCCCCCCCGCCAGCGGCGCCGACUCAGAUGGGCCAGGCGCCGGACCUAUGUGAGCGCCUGGCACCAGGGCCCGGGGGACCGCUGCUGUUUGAUGACCUGCCUCCUGCCAGCGGCGGAGAGCCAGGUUCUCUCGACACUCCGCUGUCCCCGCCAGAAGACAACGGGGCCAGAGGCGCAAAGCGAAAAGCCUCAGAUGAUGAGAAGAACGGCGGUGAAGAGCUUGUGGAAAAGAAAGUUUGUAAAGCCGCCACGUCCACCGUCUUUGACUUGAAAGGCUUCGUGGCGGAGCGGAAGGGCGAGCGGGAGGAGAUGCAGGACGCCCACGUCAUCCUGAACGACAUCACGGAGGAGUGCAGCCCCCCGUCCUCCCUCAUCUCCCGGGUCUCAUACUUCGCUGUGUUUGAUGGACACGGAGGGAUUCGAGCCUCCAAGUUUGCUGCCCAGAAUUUGCACCAGAACUUAAUCAGGAAGUUCCCCAAAGGAGAUGUGAGCAGCGUGGAGAAGACUGUGAAGAGAUGCUUGCUGGACACGUUCAAGCACACGGACGAGGAGUUCCUGCGGCAGGCGUCCAGCCAGAAGCCGGCCUGGAAGGACGGUUCCACUGCCACGUGUGUCCUUGCCGUGGACAAUGUCCUGUACAUCGCCAACCUUGGGGACAGCCGGGCCAUCCUGUGCCGUUACAAUGAGGACAGCCGGAAGCAUGCAGCCCUGAGCCUCAGCAAGGAGCACAACCCCACCCAGUACGAGGAGCGGAUGAGGAUCCAGAAGGCCGGCGGCAAUGUCAGGGACGGCCGUGUGCUGGGCGUGCUGGAGGUGUCCCGCUCCAUUGGGGACGGCCAGUACAAGCGCUGCGGCGUCACCUCCGUGCCCGACAUCAGGCGCUGCCAGCUGACGGCCAACGACAGGUUCAUCCUGCUGGCCUGCGACGGCCUCUUUAAGGUCUUCACCCCCGAGGAAGCUGUGAACUUCAUCCUGUCCUGCCUGGAGGACGAGAAGAUCCAGAGCCGGGAGGGCCGGCCCACCCUGGAUGCCCGCUACGAGGCCGCCUGCAACCGGCUGGCCAGCAAGGCCGUGCAGCGGGGCUCCGCCGACAACGUCACGGUCAUGCUGGUGCGCGUGGGCGGCUGCAAAUAAAGCACUUGCCUUUUUCUAGCCUGGGUUCUCCCGCUGCUGCGGCUGGUUCAGCUCUGGUUCAGCGGUGCCCUCCGAGCCGCCCGCACCCCUGUGCCUGCCGGGGGGCUGAGCGUCCUAACUUGGCCUAGAGGACAGGCAGCCCGGAGCCCCCUCCUCCCCCCCCCCCCGCCAGGGUGGCUGCCGCUCCUUCCCAUGGGCUGUGGGCUGUGUUCGGCCCCCACAGACGGGUCCCCAACGCCAGCAACACUCCAGUGUGGGGACCCGGGGCUGUGUGCCACCUGCCCCAGAUCCUGACGGAAGAUUCUAGAAGUCUGCUGCAGGAGAAUGGGCCAUCCAGGCCAUUGGCGCCGCCCCAUCCAUCAGGCUUAUCACCGUCGACUCAGCUGGGGGCGUUGGGAGCGCACACCCUGGAGUGGAGCACCGGGCACGGGGAAGGAGACACGCCCGGGAGAGAAGCCUCAGCACCUCAGCACCGGGCACAUUUAUUGAGCGACCCCACUUCGGCUUCCUGGUGCCACUGACACCCAGUCCGAGGCCCACGCCCCCAGGGGUGCCACCCCUCCCAGCCCGUCCCCAGGGGCCGCCCCUGCUUCAAGCUCGGGGACUCCUGCUACCUGGUGAAGUCGCACACGAGCCCCCCACCCCCGUCCUGCAAUAAAUACGCUGGAGUCACCCUGUCCCCG